AGAGAGAGAGACGCAGAGAAAAUUAAUAGCGCCAUAAAAAGAUCUUGGAGGACGCCCGCCGACCCGUCUCCUCCGCCGCAGUGCUCUUCCGGAGAUAUAUCGAUACAAAUCUCUGUGUCUCACUCGCAGCUAAAUUUCCUCGAAUUCCAGCCAAAUUUCGCUGCAUUUCGUUCCCUUGGCUCUCCUCCUCGUCCUCCUAGGCUCUCUUUGUCUCUCUCUCUAUAGCUAGGGUUCGGGAGAGAUCGAUCGUUGGUUUGGUUUGAAAUCGCUCCGACAGUGCCGAAUUGCGUAGAAUUCUGGGUAUUUGGAGGAGAAUUCGACGGAAGAGUUCGAGUUGGAGGUGGAGCCUUACACCGGCAGCGGAGCUGCGGGCUCCUGCAUAGUGUUCGAAAGAUCGGAUCGCUUCCACCGGUUUCCUCGCCGGAGGCUCGAGAUUCGAUCCGGAAGCCUUCCAACCGAAGGGAUUCGCCAUUCUUUUGGGAAUUUAUGUGCGCGAACAUCGGAGGAUCUAUCGUGCGGAAACAGUGGAAGAAAUUCUGCGCUUAGCGUGGAGGAUUGUUGAAGAUUAAAAAUAAUAUCGAAGAGUGCGGCGACGUAUGAGGAUGGAGCUCCAAGGUAAGAAAACAACAACUCAUGAUUUCCUUUCGCUCUACAACAAGGAUUCGUCUUUCCAGCACCAGGAUCCAAGGCCUCCUUCCCAAGGUUGCCUUCUAAAGACGCAUGACUUCUUGAAGCCGCUGGAGCGGGCCGUGAGGGGCAACCGCGACGAGGCGGCGAGCGGCGACGUCGCCGUCGCCCGCGUGGGCCCCGCGGAGGUAGGCCGUGCGGCCUCGGUGGAGCACGUGCUCCCGGGCGGCAUCGGGACGUACAGCAUCACCCACGUGUCUGACCCUGCCCCGCUGGCUUUGGUGAAGCCGGAGCGCGGCACGUGCCGCGGUGUCGACGUCGAACGGAAACCCGAGCCCUUCUACGCCAACGGCGUCACUUACGGCCCCCAGUACGCCGCUAGCGUCCCCUUCGCGCUCUGGGACGAGUCCGCCGCGAAAGACCCCGCGUCCAGAGGGCAGUGGCAGUCGUCCUUCGCCGCCCGCGGCAGCGGCAGCUUCGGAUCUCCCUCCGCCUCCAGGGUUUCUGAGAGUUUAGGUGGGUUUUGGGGUAGGCAUCAUCCGGCGCCGGAGAAGCCGCGAUUCAUGGAGUCUGCGUCGAGAUCCAGCAAGGGCUUCGACGACGAGGACGACGAGGAGGAGGAGUUCGGCAAGAGGGAGGGCUCCUCUUCGCAUAAAGAGUUGACGAUGAAAGUAGAUGGGAAGGGCAAAGGGGGCGACAAUGAUCAGAGGCCCAACACCCCAAGAUCAAAGCAUUCUGCUACGGAGCAGCGGAGAAGGAGCAAAAUAAAUGACAGGCAAGUUUCUGAACACAGUUGUCGAAAACCACGACAAGAAUGGACCAUGAACCUGUCAUGCAGAUUUCAGAUACUUAGGGAACUUAUACCACAUAGUGAUCAGAAGAGAGAUAAAGCAUCAUUCCUUCUGGAGGUUAUUGAGUACAUUCGGUUUUUACAAGAGAAAGUACAAAAGUAUGAGUCCUCAUACCCGGCAUGGAGUCAAGAUAAUGCCAAGUUAAUGCCAUGGGUAAAAGUCUAUUUUAGGUCAUUCUGGAAAAAUGCACGGAACAAUAACCAGUCUUCUGGAGAUGGUAUAUCUGAUCCCUCUGGUUCUGCUCCCCCUGGAUAUAUGUUUUCUGGGAGUGACAAUAGCAUCCCGGUUGCACCAGCAAUGAUCUCAACUGCACAGAAUCCAACUGAUUCAGAUAUGGCUGCUGGACUCUCUUACAAAGCAAUGGAAACUCCUACAAACUUUGCGAAUGCAGAUAACGUGACAACCCAGAUCCAACCACAAUGGUUAAGAUCGUCUGGUAGUGCUGACUGUGCUGUUAGUGGUGAAACACUGAAUGAACAAGAGCUGACAAUCGAUGAAGGAACAAUAAGUAUGUCUAGUGCCUACUCCCAAGGGUUGCUGACUACGCUAACUCAGGCGCUACAGAGCUCAGGUAUAGAUCUGUCUCAAGCCACUCUCUCUGUGCAGAUCAACCUUGGCAAGCGAGCAAUUAAUAAGAGACCUGCUGCCACAGUGACUACUUCUGGUGCUAAGGACCAUGAAGACCCUGUAUCUGCUAAUCAAACAAUGGGACAUUCUAGGGUGGGGUGCAGUGUCGAGGAAUCUUCGCGAGCACCGAAAAGGCACAAAGUAGACAACAGCUAGUGCUACUGUCCUCUGGGUUUCAUACUUAACUUUGUCAUGUCACUGAACUCCUCUGAUGAAUGUAUAUUCUGUUUGGCCUUUACGGCUUCAAUGGACAGGCAAAAGCUGUGGGUAUUCUUUCAUUUCUGUCUUGCUUUCCAGAAGAGGCUUCCAUUACAAAUUGCGAAGCUGCUUUUCUUACAGGCUUCCAUGCAUAUGAGAAGUUUCUCUGUGAGGAGGACCCCUGUUGUAUGGUAAUUUGGAUAAUCUCUAAUUGUGUUUUGAUGGCAGUAUAUGUGAAUUAGAAAAUUUAUCAGGUCGAAACUCUACACUCUACAAUGUCAUGUAUUGAUCGCACCGUUUGCGUCAAAAUUGAGUGGAUUUUGUAGAUCAGCAGAUGCAGCUUAAUAUAUGUUUCAUAGAUCUCUGUGCUUGAAUAAAUCUCUACUUGUCCU